UGUUCGUUUUCCUCUUAAAGCUGUAUAUAUCUAUCUCUCUCUAUAUAUAUAUAUAUGUGUGUGUGUGUAUAUGGAAAGAAAUCCAACUUGUGAAAACUAAACUAGAGUAUAUCGAUCCAAUCUUGAAAGUCAUAGUUCAAUCCUUCUCAUCAUCACUGUCAUGGCCUCAGAUCUCUCCGUGAUCCUCCCUCGCGUUCUCAUCGUCUCUAGACGUAGCGUUCGCAAAAACAAGUUCGUCGAUUUUGUGGGUGAGUAUCAUCUCGAUCUUAUAGUAGGCUAUGGUGCAGUACCUGUCAUUGUUCCCCGUGUUCAUGGGGUUCAUAUGUUAUUAGAUAGCUUUGAGCCCAUCCAUGGCGUUCUUCUUUGUGAAGGAGAGGACAUUGAUCCAUCUCUAUAUGAGGAAGAAACCUCUGGCCUUUCGCCAGAAGAAUUAGAAGAAAUCAGGGGGCUUCAUUCCAGUGAUACCGCCAUUGAUAAAGAGAAGGAUACGAUCGAGUUGAGGCUCGCAAAGCUUUGCCUAGAAAGAAACAUACCCUACUUGGGAAUCUGCAGGGGUUCACAGGUAUUAAAUGUUGCAUGUGGGGGUUCCCUAUACCAAGACAUAGAGAAAGAAGUAUCAAGCAAGUGCCCAGAUGAGCAGAGAGUCAAACACAUUGAUUAUGACAAUUAUGAUGGGCAUAGGCACGUGGUUAAGGUGGUGGAGAAUACCCCCUUGCAUCAUUGGUUCAAGGAUUCUUUGGAGGAAGAAUGGAAAAUGGGGAUUUGGGUGAAUAGCUAUCAUCACCAAGGGGUUAAGAGAUUGGCUCAGAGAUUUGUUCCAAUGGCAUUUGCUCCCGAUGGUUUGAUUGAAGGGUUUUAUGAUGCUGAUGCUUAUAAUCCAGAUGAGGGUAAAUUCAUUAUGGGACUCCAAUUUCAUCCAGAGAGAAUGAGGCAGACGAACUCUGACGAAUUUGAUUAUCCUGGAUGUCCAUUUGCUUAUCAGGAAUUUGUGAAGGCGGUUAUUGCUUAUCAGAAGAAACGUAAUAGCACAACAUCAGUGCCAAAACCCAUAAAGCUCGAUCGAGAAAUGGAGAAUAAAAGAAAAGUUAUCAUGCGGAGUUUCUCACUCGCAAAAAAUAUCUACGCAACUGGCCGUGGUAUGCAUCCCUGGAAAGAAUCUGAACUCGAAGCUGGAGCAGACUUUCUUGAGUCGAACACAGCGCUGAGCGUGCAGCAAGAAAAUAGGCUGAAGCAGAUGGGUGCAACAGUGAGGAAUGCGGGUUCCUACAUAGAAAGAUUGAAGUUGAACGCGGAGAAAGAAAGGUUGGCAAGGAUUGUGAUGGGGAAAAUGACAGUAGAACAGCUAUCUGAUCUCAUGUCUUUCUACCACAUGUUGGGGCAGAUAUGUUCAGAAGUGUUGGAAAAAAAGCUAAGUGGGAUUGUCAAUGACCUUGGUUCUUGAAAGGAUGAUCCAGUGCGCACCAGUACUCCUUUGAAUGACUCACAUGAUUCUUGGUUUUUGGACUGUGUAUUUCUCUCUCAUCUAUUUCUUUCUUUUUACAAGAUAAUAAGAUAUUAACUUAUUUUUA